UUUUUUUUGUAAGCUUCUCAUUAUUCUAAUAAUGCCCGUUGAACUUCCUGCUUAUUGCGAAGAAAUGCUCAAGGUUCUUCCCGACCCUAAGUUCGUCUGGAAGUACAUGCUCGCUGUCACUCAGAUUCCCCGUGGAUCCAACCAGGGUGACGAGCUCUGGCGCCACAAGAAGAUCCUCAACUUCCUGAAGACUCAGGCUGAGGAGUUGGGUUGCGAGGCCACCGUGGUCAAGGGUGACAACCUUGUUGUGAGAAAGCCCGCUUCUCCUGGAUGCGAGGACAAGCCCAUCGUGUGCCUGCAGUGCCAUAUGGAUAUGGUGGUUCAGAAGAACGAUGACGUCGAUAUCGACUUUGCUACGGAUCCUCUGACUCCCCGCAUUGUGGACAACAAGUGGCUGAUGGCUACCGGCACUUCUCUGGGUGCUGAUAACGGUAUUGGUAUUGCCACCUGCUUCGCCAUUCUGGAGGAUAAGACCCUGAAGCACGGUCCUCUGGAGGUGCUGGUCACUCGUGAUGAGGAGACUGGACUCUACGGAGCUGCCGAGCUGGAGGCCGGAGUUCUGAAGGCCAAGUACAUGAUCAACGUGGACUCGGAAGAAGAAGGCGCAGUGUGCGUCGGUUGCGCUGGUGGUUUCAACGUGCACAUGAGACUGCCCACUCCUCGUCAGGCUGGAGAGGGAGAGGUGAAGAAGACCGUGAUCCUCAACAACUUCUGCGGAGGUCACUCUGGUUGCGACAUUGGUCUGGGCCGCGCCAACCCUCUGCACGUCAUGGGACGUCUGCUGAAGGCCAACUGCUGCCCGUACCGCGUGAUUUCGGUGGACUGCGGAACUGCCCACAACGCCAUUCCUCGCAAGUGCGUGGUGGAUGUGGCCGUGCCCGCGGAGAAGGCGGAGUGCUUCGACAAGUGCAUGAAGAAGCACUUCGAUGAGUUCGUGAAGGAGUACCACCUCAUCGAGAAGACUGCCACUCUCGAUAUCGUGGAGAGCAAGUCCGAGCUGGAGCCCCUCACCGCCGAGGCCACGCAGAAGUUCGUGAACUUCAUCAACGUGUAUCCUUUCGCCGUGAUGCGCUACUCUCCUUCGGUGAAGGGAGACAUCGAGACCUCCACCACGCUGGCUAUUGGCCGCAUGGACAAGCCCGAGGAGUUCUUCUUCGUCGCCUCGGUGCGUUCCUUCGCGCAGUCCCAGAUGGACAUGAUGUACAACAAGAUCCGCUGCAUCUGCGAGAUGGGAGGACUGCAGCUGUCUGAGAGAAUCGGAGCUUAUCCUGGAUGGGAACCCAACAUGGACUCGCCUCUCACCAAGGACCUCGUCGCUGCCUACACCGAGGCCACCGGCAAGGCGCCUCGUGUGUACGCCAUCCACGCUGGUCUGGAGUGCGGACUCUUCAUGGAGAAGUAUCCUGAGCUGGACUGCUCUUCCAUUGGUCCCGAACUGCAGUUCCCUCACUCUCCUCAGGAGAGACUGCUCAUUGAGUCCGUGCCUCGCUUCUGGAAGGUCCUGACUCUGGCUCUGGAGAAGCUUGCUAUGUAGAUGAUGGGAUAGUAGUAGUACUAACUAAAGUCAUUGAGCGCGAA